UGGACUCUUGCAUGAUCCAAAAGGUUGCUGUGGCUUUUCUCCUCCUUCUCUCUCCUCUGAACUUUCUCUCUCUAGCUUUUGUUUUGUUUUGUUUUGCUUCUGUGCUUCCAUGGCGUUUUAUCUUGUGUUGUGUCGGCCAUUGAGCUGUCGAUUGAAUCUCUGAACCACGACGAAGAAGAUUCAUUCACCGGCCAACCGAAAAAACAAUCCAAAAGGUUGUAGAAAACUUCUGAGAGUUAGUUUUUGUUCUUCUGGAAUUCUCGAGCUUGAAGAAGAAGAAGACGAAUCGCUCGUGUUUUUCCUUUCUUGUUUCGCGUCUUAUUUUUGGAUUCUGAUUUUGACGCGGAUCUUCGAAUUCGGUUUUCUGUAAAGUUUGACGACGAAAUUGGAAUUUUUUUUUUUUUUUUUUUUUUUGGGCGAAAGGAAAGAUUCCGGUGGAUUCUGGACUCGUUCAGUGAGGAGAUACUUAGGGCUUUGGGGAGUGUUUCCAUGGCGGAAGCUUCUGAAGAGAAGCAAAGUUCAGUUUUUGCGGUGUACUAAUGGUGAGUGUGAGGAAGAAAUUGACGCGUUGAAUUGAGAAGAAACCGAGAAAAUUGAAGUUUGGAAUUUUUUCCCCUGUUCCGGGUGGAAAAAAUGUUGGGAUACUUUGGAAUUAUUACAGGUUUUGGAUCUUCUUCUCUAUAAGACUUCUCUGAGAUAGGAAUCACAAAGUUAAAGGUGGAUUUUUUUUUCUUCUGAGAGCUGGAAAUUGGAAAACUACUGUUGUGAUUGUACAAAACUGGUGGUUUGUCCUUUUUUUUUUUUUGGGUUGAGUGGAAUUAAGAAUUGAGAUGAUUACGUUUAUGGAUUCAAAAGAGAAAAUGAAGGAGGUGGAGAAGUGCUUAGACCCUCAGCUAUGGCAUGCCUGCGCCGGAGGGAUGGUUCAGAUGCCUCCGGUGAAUUCGAAGGUCUUCUACUUCCCUCAGGGGCACUCUGAACACGCCUGUGGACCUGUCGAUUUUCGAAAUUGCCCGAGGGUUUCGCCUUGUAAUCUUUGCAGGGUUUCCUCCAUUAAGUUCAUGGCUGAUCCUGAGACUGAUGAGGUCUAUGCCAAGCUAAGAUUGGUCCCUCUUAGUUGCAAUGAGCUUGGAUAUGAUGAUGAUGGUAUUGGAGGGCUUAAUGGGUCCGAAACUCAAGAGAAACCAGCCUCAUUUGCAAAGACUUUGACGCAGUCGGAUGCAAACAAUGGGGGUGGUUUCUCAGUCCCUCGGUAUUGCGCGGAGACGAUCUUCCCCCGUUUGGAUUACUCCGCUGAUCCCCCUGUUCAGACCAUCCUUGCCAAGGAUGUUCAUGGAGAGACAUGGAAAUUUAGGCAUAUUUAUAGAGGGACGCCUAGGCGGCAUCUUUUGACCACGGGAUGGAGUACUUUUGUGAACCAUAAGAAGCUUGUUGCUGGCGAUUCAAUUGUGUUUCUCAGGGCUGAAAAUGGCGAUCUGUGUGUAGGGAUUCGGCGAGCAAAGAGGGGAAUAGGAGGUGGGCCAGAAACUUCGUCGGGUUGGAAUCCUGCUGGUGGAAAUUGUGCCAUGCCUUAUGGAGGGUUCUCUACGUUUUUGAGGGAGGACGAGAACAAGCUCUUGAGGAAUGGCAAUGGUAACGGCUCAAGCUUGAAUGGUGGUCUGAUGGGGAAGGGUAAGGUGAGGCCUGAAUCAGUAAUUGAAGCUGCAACACUUGCUUCCAGUGGGCAGCCCUUUGAGGUCGUUUACUACCCUCGAGCAAGCACGCCAGAGUUUUGCGUGAAAGCCUCGUUGGUAAAAGCGGCAUUGCAGAUCCGAUGGUGUCCGGGAAUGAGGUUCAAGAUGGCCUUUGAAACGGAGGACUCUUCGCGAAUCAGUUGGUUCAUGGGCACUAUAUCUUCUGUUCAGGUUGCGGAUUCCCUGCGCUGGCCUGAUUCACCUUGGAGGCUUCUCCAGGUCACAUGGGACGAACCUGAUUUACUUCAAAACGUGAAACGCGUUAGUCCGUGGUUGGUAGAAUUGGUCUCUAACAUGCCGGCCAUUCAUCUAUCUCCCUUCUCACCACCGAGGAAGAAGUUGAGAUUGCCGCAGCAUUCAGAUUUCCCCUUUGACGGCCAUAUCCCGAUUCCAACAUUCUCCGGGAAUCUCCUUGGGCACAGCAACCCCUUUGGUUGUCUGUCCGAAAAUACUCCUGCUGGCAUGCAGGGAGCCAGGCAUGCUCAUUAUGGUCUAUCUAUAUCAGAUCUCCACCUCAAUAAACUGCAAUCAGGUCUAUUUCCGGUUGGUUUCCCGCCGUUCGAUCAUGUUGCUGCGGCCACAAAAUUCUCCAGUAACACAAUGAACUACAAGCCUAACUUGAAUGAAAAAGUGUCUUGCUUGUUGACGAUGGCACAUGCCACACAGGCUCCAAAGAAGCCUGAUGAUGUGAAGCCAACACCGCUCAUACUCUUCGGUCAACCUAUACUCACAGAGCAUCAGAUUUCUUUGAGCUGUUCUGGCGAUACAGUCUCGCCAGUUCUUACUGGCAAUAGUUCAUCAGAUGGGAAUGGUGAUAAAACAGCAAACUUUUCUGAUGGCUCUGGAUCUGCCCUUCAUCAACAAGGGCCUCUGGAGCGCUCAUUGGGUGAAGGGUUCCAAUGGUACAAGGAUAAUAGGCAAGAAACUGAGCCGAAUUUGGAAACUGGUCACUGUAAAGUUUUUAUGGAGUCGGAAGAUGUAGGUCGCACCCUCGAUCUCUCAUUGCUCGGGUCUUAUGACGAAUUGUACAGAAAACUAGCAGACAUGUUUGGUAUAGAAAACUCCGAGACACUGAGCCAUGCUCUCUAUCGCGAUGGUACAGGUGCAGUCAAGCACAUUGGAGAUGAACCAUUCAGUGACUUCACAAGAACAGCAAGGAGGUUGACGAUUCUAAUGGAUUCAGGCAGCGACAACAUAGGCAUGUAAAAACAGACAAAACACUGAUUCAAUUUGUGCAGCUGGUUGAUUUAAUCCUUAGUUCCUAUGCUGACCAUUUACCCUUCUUGAGGAGCCACUCUGAUUCGAUUUUUGAACUUCCAACUUCUUGAGAAGCCACUCUGAUUGAUUUUUGAACUUCCAACUUCUUGAGGAGCCACUCUGAUUCGAUUUUUGAACUUCCAAUCUAAGUCGUUCCUUUUCUCGCUUUCGUUCCUUUGUUCGGAGAAAAAUUCUUCGAAUCUCCAAGUUUCAAUUUCCAUUGCAGUUUUGUUGGCUUUGGCUUUAGGUUUCCCUACCCUUUACAAAUUACAGCUCCCAAAUCCUACAUGUAUAAGGUGGUUUUGUAGGACGUGGUUUAUAUUCUAAAAAGUCUUUUAGUAAUUAUUUCUAGUCUUGUAAGAAGGCAGUUUUUUGAUUGGAAAUGUAAAUUUCUACAAGCAAA